CUUUCUACGUCAUAAACAAAAGCAACAAUGUUAUCACGCCGGUGGAUCCAAACAAUCUUCAGUCCCGAAUCAUGUCCGGUAUUAAAUAAACACGAAAAGGGAAUAUUUUGUUGUGGGGAGCGGUAGCAUGGAGUCUUGCGUAACUCUGCAGGGGCUCGUAGCCACCGCCGCUUCGGAUCAUUCCGAGCGGGUAGCGGUGACUUUUGACGGCGGGUCCUCGUCGGACGGUCCGGUGUCAUUGUUCUACAAGGACCUAGUGGAGCUUUCCAGCGAACUCUGCCGCCUUCUACAACAACACUGUGGGCAUAACAACGGCGUAAUUGGACUCUACUGUAGCGAUGAUCUCUUUAUACCCGUGUGGAUCAUUGGGAUCCUGCAGACACCCGCUGCUUAUGUGCCGCUUGAUCCAGGAGCUCCAGGACUUGUCUCCUCUCGGGUCAUGAGCAAGUGUCACCUCAGAUUCUGUGCUGUGAAGAGCGACCUCCUGAAGAGAUUCCAGGCAGCCUUCACCCAACACAUGAGCGUCGAAAUACACGCGGUGUGGCCGAAGUUCAAACUCACUGUGGUUCGGGUGCAGCCACCAACGGACGCCGUGCAAGAAACACCUGAACCGCCGUCAUCCCUCCACGAAGCAGCUGGAGGAGGUUUGGCGUACGUGUUGCACACAUCUGGAACGACGGGCUCGCCCAAGAUUGUGCGGGUGCCACACAACUGCAUAAUUCCCAACAUUUUACACCUGAGACGUUUGUUUUCGGUGAGCUGUGUCGACGUGGUCUUCCUGGCGUCGCCGCUGACCUUUGACCCGUCAGUGGUUGACAUUUUCCUGGCCUUGUCAUCCGGGGCUCGGCUCCUCGUCGUUCCGGCCGUGCUCAAGAAAAUACCCAAGCGGCUUUGCCGGCUUCUCUUCCGCCGUCACGAGACGACGCUCAUGCAGGUCACACCCACCCUGCUGUGUCGUUUCGGUCCGCGACUCCUCCGACAGGAGGUGCUGUCUCGCGGCUCGCCGCUGCGCGUGCUGGCCCUGGGCGGCGAGGCAUGCCCGUCGAUAUCGGCGCUGAACUCCUGGCGUCACAAAGACAAUACCACGGCAGUGUUCAAUGUUUACGGCAUCACCGAGGUGUCUUGCUGGGCCACCUGCUACGAGAUCCCGCUGCUCCGGCGGCCCGAGGACUCGGCUUCCUCCGCCGUGCCUCUUGGGAGCCCUUUGAUGGGCACCAGGGUGGAGGUGAGGGGCCAAGAUGGCGGCGUGGUGACAGAAGGCGAAGGAGAGGUCUUCAUAGGCGGUGACCAGCGGGUCUGCCUCCUGGACCACGAGGACUCGGCAGUGCCCGGGACGAUGAGGGCCACGGGAGACUGGGUGGAUGUGAGAGGGGGACACAUGUACUACCGCGGACGAAAGGACAGAAGCAUCAAGCGCCACGGCAAACGCGUCAACCUGGACCACCUGCAACAACUGCUGUCGAGUCUACCUGAGGUGGAGUCCUGCGCCGCGUGUCUGCACGAAAGCGGCCGACUGCUCGCCUUCGUCGUCAGCCCCUCCCAGGAAGACGGGUCGCCGUCCUCCGAGGACCUGAGCAGGGACCUCCUCAAUCAGCUGACCCCGCUGCUCCCCUCCUAUGCUAUUCCUGACACGCUGGUGUGCGUCCAGGCCUUACCUCUGACCCCUCACGGAAAAACAGAUAUGCGAGCAUUGGUGAAAAUAUACGAGAGGCGACGCUUGGAUGUCAGUCAGCCCCAUAAAGAUGUCGCCGAACUCAAGAAAACUCUGCAAACUUUAUGGCAGACCGCCCUCGGUCUCGACGGGAACGCCGCUUUGGACGAGGGCUCCCGUUUCCUAUUUGGCGGCGGAGACUCCCUAAAGGCGCUUCGACUCUGCGAGGACGUUCUGGCUUCCACCGGAGUGAGCUCGCCUCAGCUUUUGGAGGCGAUCCUCGACGGGACCUUUGCUGACGUCCUGCGUCUCCUCCUUGCUCCGGGGAAAAGAGAGCGUGUCGAGGCGGAAGCACCUUCUGGGGAUGGCGAAGCGAGGCGGCCUGUGAAGGCCUUGAAGCGAGAGGGUGAGAUGACAGAGAGAGAAGACCUCAGCGAGCACUGGUCUUCGGACACGGGAAGAUGCGUGGACGCCUCCCCGGUGCUUCUGGUCCGUGAAGACGGCAACGGAACCAGCGUGUUCAUCGGCUCGCACUCGCACAGGCUGCAGGCUCUGGACCUGGACAGCGGACGCCUGCUGUGGGAGCGAGUCCUCGGGGGACGAAUCGAGGCGUCGGCCGCCGUGUCCCCGUGUGGACGCUACGUGGUCGUAGGUUGCUACGACGCAGGCGUGUACGUGCUGAGCGCCGACUCCGGGGAGACGUGUUGGGUCUUUGAGACGGGCGACGCCGUGAAGAGCCGACCUGCUGUGGACAGCGUCUCGGGCCGGAUGAUGGUGGGCUCGCACGACGGUUUUGUGUACGCCUUAGACCUCCAGGCUCAGCGUUGCAUUUGGAGGCAUCACUGCGAGGGCGGGGCCGUCUUCUCCUCGCCGUAUCUGGACGUCACCCGCCGCCAACUGUACGUGGCCACGCUAGGUGGCAAGCUGCUGUGUUUACACCCAGACAGCGGUGACGUCCUGUGGUCGCACAACAGGAAGGUCCCCUUCUUCUCAUCGCCAAAGUGUGGCGGCGCCGGCGGCCGUGUGGCGAUCGGCUCGGUGGACGGAAACAUCCUCUGCUUCAGCUACAAUGGCACAUUAAUUUGGCAGUUCCGGACAGACGCCGCCGUCUUCUCGUCACCGUGCGUCACCUCCGACCUCAAGAGGCUCCUGUGCGGCUCACACGACAGCUGCCUCUACUGCUUGAACACCGCCGACGGCUCCUUGCUUUGGACUUUCCGGACGGAGAGUAAAGUUUUCGCCAGCCCUUGCGUCUUUGACGGCGGGAAGCGAGGGGAGCUGGUGGGCGUGGCCUCCACCGACGGUACCGUCUACAUCCUGGACGCUCGGGACGGACGCGCGCUGUGCUCGCGGACGCUUCCCGGGGAACUUUUCUCCUCCCCGGUGGUGCGCGGACGUUCCCUGGUGGUCGGGUGUCGAAAUGAUUACGUGUAUUGUUUACAAAUGAACAUUUGA